GACCUUUACCUUGAUUUAAUAACUAGAAACGACCCUUACCUAGCUGUUGUCCUAUCACUAGCACCAGCCCCAAGAUACUCUAGCUGACUGCAUGAAGUUGCUCAAACCAGAAUGGGUGUGCCGUGAAGGACGUCCUAUCUUCUCAGUCCACCUCCACCCGGAUGGAUCACGGUUCGCUACUGGAGGUCAAGGUCAAGAUUGCGGCCUCGUCAAUAUUUGGAAUAUGGCACCGAUACGAAACGAGAUUGAUGAAGCGAACGAAAACGUUCCAAAAUGUCUGUGUGAAAUGACCAAUCACCUUGGCUGUGUGAAUAGUGUCCGCUGGUCAUGUGAUGGGAAAUCAUUAGCAAGUGGUGGAGACGAUGCGUUAGUCAUGAUCUGGCAAAUCAAAUAUCAAGGAUCCUCGACCUCGUUUGGUGGCACCAACCACGAGCAAUGGGGGUGUGUCAAUAUGCUACGAGGGCACAGCGGAGACAUACUGGGUGUGGCCUGGUCACAUGAUCAGAAGUAUCUAGCAUCGUGCAGUGUCGACAACACAAUCAUUAUCUGGAACGCAAAAGACCUACCUCAAAAGGUCACCCUCAUUACCGGCCAUGAGGGGCUGGUGAAAGGACUGAGCUGGGAUCCUGUCGGCAAGUACAUGGCGUCACAAUCUGACGAUCACUCAGUGCGGAUAUGGCGCACCAACGACUGGAAGGAAGUCAAGCAAAUCAGAGAGCCUUUUAAGAAGUGCGGAGGUACUACGCAUGUGCUGAGGCUUAGUUGGUCUCCAGAUGGCAAGUUUAUAGUGACCGCCCACGCUCUCAACAACGACGGACCUACCGCGCAGAUUAUCGAGAGAGGAGAUUGGAAAACCGGAAUUGAUUUUGUUGGUCAUCGGAAAGCAGUGGAAGUGGUUUCGUUUAAUCCUCACCUGUUUGUGAAGAAGGAUGGAGUUGAUCAUCACGGCUGUAUAGCUCUGGGCAGUCGAGACAGGUCUCUAUCAGUGUGGCUCACCAAUCUCAAGCGUCCUCUUGUCGUUCUUCACGACCUCUUCACCGAUUCAAUCCUCGAUUUAUCGUGGUCUAAAGAUGGCUAUGAGCUGAUAGUGUGCUCAACAGAUGGCUCAGUGGCAUACCUCAAAUUCACUGCCAAAGAACUUGGAGCGAAAGUUUCUGAGCAAGCUCUAGAUGAAAUCUUCAUGGCCACAUACGGCUCGCAACGUGCUGCCAAGAAUCGCAAUGCCAACACAUCCACGAUCUUGAUAGAAGAUCCCACCAUGCUCAAGCUUGUAGACCAACAAGAAACGGUCGUUAAAGGAGCAAUGACAUCCACCCCUCUCAAGAAGACACUCAACAAGAGCCUGGAAAUGGUGUCAACAACUGCAGCAAUUGCAAGCAUUACGAAACAGAUUGAGACAAAAACAAGUGAUGGAAGACGACGGAUAACUCCUGUGACACUGACCACCCAACCCAGCUCUGUGUCUGGUGCCCCCCUACCCUUCACCUCGUUCUCCCCCAAACAGAACAAAGGGGUCAUAAUGGAUCCCUCCCCCCCAGCAGGGGGCGGUAAAAAACCCUCACCACAGAGCAACAACCCCUCAAUCAAGAGCCCACCCCCUAAGCCGAUGCGCUUCGAACCUCUAUCUCCAAUCAACGAACCCAAGCAGACUGAAGUUGCCGAGUCAUCAAAAAGUGGUACCCUCAAGAGAACAUUAGAUACAGUUGCUAUUCCAAAAGCAAAGAAACUAAAAUUGAAACGAUCUAAAGUUUCGACCACAGUGGAAGCCAGUAAACCAAGCACACCUCAGAAGCCAUCCAGCCUCUCUAGUAUAGCCAAACACAGUCAAGUGUCGCUACCUGUGCCUGAUGUGGAGGGCGUACUAACACUGGUUGUGUCUAACGGGCUUCAAGACAAAGACUCAAUGGUGGUGCAAAUUAACAACAAUGCCUCGUCAAAAAAUAUCAUAAAGUGUUUGAAGAAUGAUGCGAUUAUUUGGUCUAACGGUUUACCAACAGCAGCCGUGGUUGCCGGUGGUAACAGUGUGGUGACAUGCGUUGUGUGUAGCGACAAAUCUGUACACAUGUACUCAAGUCAAAGUGGCCGCCUACUAUUGCCGACCUUUCACCUCUCUUCUCCCCCACACGCUCUCAAAGUGGAGUCCAGUUUUGUGCUGGUUAUUUGCUCUAAUGCUACUGCCACUGUCUGGGACGUGGACUCAUUCAAAGCAACUGUCAGAGAGGCAAGCUUCUCUCAUUUAGUUCAAGACGGCAAAAAAAACUUGCCCCUGGAGAGUGUUGACCUCACAGCUACUGGAGUGCCUGCUAUUUCCAUCAAAGGAACUACCUACGUCUAUCACAACGACAUGUGCGUGUGGCUGGAGGCUUGCACCAGAAUGGAGACAUCAGAAAUCCAUCUCUCUGAUUCUGUGGUUAGUCUGGAUUAUACGCUGCCAUUGAGAACUCUACAGAAAUCAUCUGGCCUCACUCGAACAGACACUGUCGGUCAAAUGUUGUCAAGUCUCCGCAACCCGUCCUCAGUGGCAGGUAGUCUGUCGUAUCUGGAGGCCCAGGUGUCGCGCUCCUACCUGAUGCAGUCCCCCCUGGAGUACUCACACUGGAGCACUACCUAUGUACGCUACCUCGUGAGAGAGGAGCAAGAGUUGAGACUGAGGGAGUUCUGUGGGCAGUUCACAACACCCUCAGGGCAGGAGGGCAAAGGUCAAGUACUGGGACUGACGAAACAUUCUCUCCUUAGAAACUUUCUGUCUAUUAUUGCGGGGAAUGCACGAUUGCAGAGACUGUAUGCUGAACUGAGAGACUCUUUAGAGUAAUGAAUGUUUGUUGCUAGCUAAGAAAUAUUGCUGUCAUUUUUUUGUUGUUUGUUAUUGUUGAUAAAAUAUUAAUGUCUUUGUGAAAUAGAUAA